CGCAACAACAAUGCGGAGGCUUCGAGCAAUGGACCUAAAACUCCAGAAACAAAGAUAAUGGAUGGGGCUGGGAGCAGGGGCCGUACAUGUGCACGGACAAGUCUUCUUCUGCUUGAAUGUCACUGUUAAGAAUCCGGGGGUACCGUCACAGAAGUGUGCUUACGACGACUGAGGUGAAAUGCGAGGCCAAUGAAGUCGUGCUCGAGCACGCCAUAACUGCCAUCGAACACCUCUCCAAUAUUUUGCCCUACCCUAGGUACGUUGUUCUUCUCCAGGUACCAAGCUCUUCGGACGCCAGAUGCGUGACCGCCCUGAUUCCCAUUCGCCGACUACCUACCUCCGAGAGAGACUCUUCCCGCCUAUUCCCUAGCGUAACCUUUCCAUGGUUUUCUACUGUAAUCAGAUCGACUGCCGAAAGCGCAACUCAAAAGAAAAGAAGUGGAACUAGUGAGAGUGCGCCAGACCGCAUCAUCAGCUUUGUGUCGAAUAAAAGCUCACUGCCUCGCUCAAAUGCUAGCUCUGUACCUUUCCCUAUACCAACUGGUCGAUGGAUGAGGGUGAGAAGUGUCCGUUCUGAGGCACUGAGAAUCAUGGGUUAGCAAGUACAACGAGCUGCCUCAAGAUGUGGUUGCUUUGAUAGACAAGUGAGAAUGGCCGCUUCACACAGUGCGAGUUACACCAGAGACAUUCUGAAGCCGGAGACAUGGAAGAUUGCGGUUGAACGCAUGAGGCGAGGAAGGUCAUUCCUUGGUUCCAAUAGCAUCC